UUAGAUGGUCCCUGCUGGUCCUCAGGCAACAGCUAGUACUUUCCCUCCCUCCUGCCACCCAGCAUCCAGCUGAAUCUUGAAUCAAUACCAGUAAACUGGGUGUGAACGGAAGGAGGCUGCUCCUUAUUUGUCAUUAUUUACCUCUGUGUGCAUUCCUGCAUUCAUUCUCUUCUCUCUCUCUCCCUCUCCUUCCCCCUCUCCUUCUCUCUCUCUCUCUCUCUCUCUCUCUCUGAACUCUUAGGGAACUGGUUCCGCUAGAGUGCAACCAGCUCAUCUGCAUCUGGCCCUGGGGACUUGCAGGAGCCAGAAGACGAGGAAGAGGAGAGGGGAGGCAGGCGGGAAGGUAGGAGAAGCGAAAGCGCACAGCCUGGCUGGGCCGCACCACAGGGCAAACCCAAGCCCUACGCUCUGCCCUGGCCUUGCCCAUGAGGCCUCUACGGACCGGGCAAAGGAAGCACCACGGCGUCUCGCUGGGAUUCCUCGCGCUCAGCCUGACCACAGCCUGCUGUCUGCAGAGUCAGGGCGUGUCCCUGUACAUCCCCCAGUCCACCAUCAACGCUACAGUGAAAGAAGACAUCCUGCUGUCGGUGGAAUACUCCUGCCACGGCGUCCCCACCAUCGAAUGGAAGUAUACAUCCAACUGGGGAGUGCAGAAGAUCGUGGAGUGGAAGCCGGGGGCCCAGGCCAACAUCUCCCAAAGCCACAAGGACAGAGUUGGCACCUUUGACAAUGGCUCCAUCCAGCUCUUCAGCGUGGGUGUGAGGGAUUCUGGCUACUAUGUUGUCACGGUGACCGAGCACCUGGGGAGCAGCCAGUUUGGCACCAUCGUGCUGCAUGUGUCAGAGAUCCUCUAUGAAGACCUCCACUUUGUCGCUGUCUUCCUUGCUUUACUCGCUGCUGUGGCUGCAGUGUUAAUUAGCCUCAUGUGGGUUUGUAAUAAGUGUGCAUAUAAAUUCCAGAGGAAGAGAAGACACAAGCUCAAAGAGAACACAGCUGAGGAGAUCGAGCUACAAGACGUUGAGUGUUAGCCAAGUUGAGCCCCAAUUACAUUCCUACCUCAAGAGAAAAAUGUUCUUUUCUGAUGAAAGUAGCAAACAUAGCAGUCCAUGCUGAGAGCCUCCCAUUGUCCUGCCACAGCUGCCCAUUUGUGAUGGGACUGCUGGAUGUGAACAAAGUUAACUGCAUGGAGCUGAGGACUGUGGAUUGAACAAAGACAGUUCUUGCACUGCACGAAAUUCAGGGCAAAGAGCGCUUUGCGUGGCUGCAGUGUGGAAGCCCGUAACCAAUGUCACAGUGCAAACACUGGCUGCUUGCUUCCCACACUCUGCUCAGGCCAGGGGAUAGCCACUGAAGGUGUCCCCAUGUCAGAGGCCAGCGCCCUCCAGAUCAGGUGGGCAGCCGGCACUGGCACAAGCCGUCGGUGCUGCUCUCUGCUCGGCUGUGCCUUCCAACCCUGUGCUGUGGAAGGUGUUGGGAAAAAACGUGAGGCAUUUAGACAGCCUGCUGCCUGAGACAGAGGAAGGGACAGACUGAGGGGUGCCACUGUGCUUUAGCGAGUGGCUCAGGGAGGAGCAAGAGCUUCCCAUGGCCUGGAGCUAUAGGGAGAAGAGCUUAAUUUGUUCUUGAACCAGCAUUGGGAACAAGGAAAAGGGAGAAAAUCACCUUUCUCUUCCCCUCAUAAUCCAACUUUGAUUGAAUUUAUCUCUCCUGUGGCCCCAACUUAGGCAGGUAUCAGGAGAAAGGUCUUCUUCGCUGUGGGCAGCAUCUGCCCCCCAGAAGGCCUCCUGACAAGCACUGCGAAGGCUGGGCCUGUGUCACGGGUGAUACAACGAGGGUCAGUCAGUUCAGGCUUCUAACGUGUCCCCCUAAAUCUCUAACCCUUCAUGCCUCAAGUCAGGCCCUCACUCUCUCCCAGCUGGGCAGAGGAGCACUUGCAGCUCACCUACCUCACAGUCACGUGAUCAAAUGAAGCCCACAGUGUGCCUAGGGCUCUCCAACCAAUUUGACAGGCGUGAGGAUUCUUUGGCGAUCUGAAAGCAACCUGCGCUAUACCGAUUAUGCGAAACUGAUAAAACCUGCUGGGGUGUUGGGCUCCAGGUAAAAUUGGGAACGGGAUCACAGCUGGCCUUGGCCCUUCUUCUCUCAGGUUUGGUUAGCAUGUUUACCUGAAAGUUUCCCCAUCCCAGCUUCCAUUUGGCAAGCUCUAAAGCAAGCCUGUGUUUAUUUUCCAUUAUCUUUUCUCUUUCCGAUAUUCUCAGCUACAGAUGGAAGGUACCACCCCCAUUACUGGUGGAGGCUGAGGUUAUUAGCUGUGUCCCCAGCCCUCAGCUGCAAAUUCACCCAUACAAAGGAGAGCUAGAACGUUCCCUUCUUUCUUCCCCCCUUCACAUCCCCAACACCCACAUCUUUUCUGCUUCCCAUGCAGCAGAAGGAGCUGCCUGGAGAAGGUGGUAUGCGGUCCUUCCUUGAGUAAUGGAACCAGAGUGGUAGGGAGAGACCUUUCAGAGUACUCAGGCAGAAACUAAGUGAUGUCGAGCAGGGCUGUGAAGGCACUACCUGUCUCAAAAGGCAAGAGAGUAAUUGGUCUGCACAGCUGGUUUGCAGCUCUAGCUCCUGACAUCAGUGUUCUCACCUGAGGCCACAUCCUGUGCACACACAGGGGCAAACGUGCACACCUGUGCUCUUGGCCCAGGCAGCAGAGGAGCCGGGCCUGUGCCAGGACAGGUUCUUUCUACCGGUGGGUCUCCAGCGCCCUGGAAAAGCUGGGUGAGGAGAACCCGAGAGAUCAGGGUGUCUAGGGUAACCUGCUUAUGUGUUUCUCCUGUCACAUACAAAGCGCAUCAGCGGAAACACUGCACCUGGUAGCUGCUGGAGUCUGUGUGUCCUCUUUCACUACCUGCUUUCCAGACCUCUCCGCUUGUCAGAAAUCAGGGCUGGACAUCUUCACAUAAAAGGAGAAAUGGAAAAUACCCAGUGAGAGGCCUCCAUGGUCAAACCCAGAUGUAAAUUAGACUGCCCCCCAAACAUGUCCUGAAAAGUUAUACCCUCAGCAUUCCAUGUCUUUAUUUUGCACUUCUAAAGCUCCCUUCACCCUGAGCAUUCCUGUGGAAUGGUUUUGAUUCUAGAGCCUGAGUUUUUGUCUGUUUUUUU